AUGAGUGAUAAAGAACUCAAAAAGACAAUGAAAUCAUUGUGUAUUUUUUGGGAUAAGGAUCUUAAUGUGUUUAAGCCAAAACAAGCACCUAGAAGAUCAAAGAUGAUCGAAAUGAUUACACAAAGAAGAGAUGAUAUUGAAACCUACCAAGAGAAUAUGAAGAAUGAUUUACUUUUAAACUAUGCUAAUAUGACAGGUACUCAUCUACCAAUGUUAAUUAUCACCAAUAUUAUUAGAUAUGCAUGGGAGAUGCAUACAAAGACAGGUCGGUACAAGUAUAGAGCGUGCAGACCAUUUAAAUACAACCUACUUGAAGGUCGGUACAGAUGGCCAUUGUCACUUGGGUUGGUAUGCAAACAAUUCUUUCAUCUUGUCAAAUCAUCUCUGUUUAGUCGUAUCAUGAUUGACCCAGAACCACUCAAACAUACUGACGGACGAUUUAAAGACAACCAAGCCAGAGCAGAUUCAUCGGAUGAAGUGUCAAGACACCUUGAUAACAUUGCAUGUGUCGCACAGCAAGCAACCGAUGUUGCAGUACCGUCUUCUCUAUUGAUUGGUAUUGCAUUGGAGCCAUCAAUAGGUUCCAUUCUGUUUUUUAGAGGUAUUAGAAAGUUGCGUCUAUUCUAUAUGACACAUUGCUACGCUGAUGACCUUGCAACAAAAUACACAUCACUCUCGAAAUUGCAUGUGACUGGUGAAUGUCGUAUGACACUUGCAACUAUGGUAAACAAUGUAACUUAUAUAGCAGGUGAAUUAACUUUAAUCAAUCAAGAUAUUACUAUAUUGAAACCCGAAAGCUACAAUAAUUAUAAUAAUCAUAAGUUUUAUUUUAAUAAUAAUGAUAGUAAUAAUAACAUAAAUAUUAUUGACGAUGGUAAUGAUGGUAAUGAUGGUGAAAGCGAAAGCGAUAGUGAUAGUGAUAAUAAUAAUAAUAAUAAUCAAAAUAGGAAAAAAAAAUUAUAUUAUAUUAGAUUUCCGGAACCUUAUAGUAAUAAUAAUAAUGAUACAGAUGACGAUGAUGAUAAUAAUAACGAAAACAAUAAUAUAGAUAGUAAUAAUAUAGAUAGCAAAAAUAAUAAUAAUAAUAAUCAAGAUAAAGAAAUUAAAAGUACUACUACUACUACUACUACUAGUCGACCAAUAGGUAUGGUGAAAGGAAUCAAAACAAUAAUAUUACGCACUUAUUUCUACGAAAGACGUUACAACCAUAAACAUAAUCUAUCGCAAGCAGGUCUUUCCUACAAACCUACAAGCCAGCGAUUCAAAAUGGACGGUUCUAGAAACCAAGUCAAAACUAUCUGUCUUGUAAUUUUUGAAGAGCAUACAAAUAACCGUGGAUCUUAUCUUAAUUAUGCAGCAUUAUUGUUGUCAUGUCAAUUUGAAAGAGUCAUUUCAUAUUCUGGGUCAGGUGGAUAUACAGGUCAAGGAUCUGGAUCUGGAUCAUCAGGAUCAUCAUCGGGAGGAAAUAGUGGAACAUCAGGUUGUAUCACAUAUACUGGUGGAUACAUGAGUUGUGACGAUGCUAGUUAUUCUUUAGAGAGUAGUGAAUCUGCUCCAACCUAUGACUCUUCUGAUGCAAUUCUAGAUCCUGCUGAUUUCUUGAUUGGUGUCGCUGCUGGUGUUAUUGAUCAAGUUGUAAACAAAACGGUUGAAUCAUGUUUUAAUGAUUUAGAUGCAACUAUUUCAAAGUUUAAGAGUGGAUUAACAUUGAUUGACCAAGGGUUUAGUCAAAAUAAAGUAAAGGACAUUGAAGGUGGUAUCGCCGAUUUCGUACUUGGUGUCAACGACGUAAAGAAUGCCUACAAAGCAUGUAACGUAGUAUCGGUGUACAAGAGUAUCGAAGGUAUCAUUGCACUAUUUGGUGAAGGUUGGGUCGGUGCUUUUGAAUUAAUUGUCAAAGAAGGAAUUAAGAUUGUUCAUAACAAGGUCGAACUCAAUAAUCUAUUUCAAAAUGCUAUUGCCUAUUGGAAAGAAGAAUCAUACUAUCAUGCUGGUUUCUAUGUUGGUAGAGUUAUUGGUGGACUGAUUCCUGAUCUCAUUCAAUCCGUCGCCAAGUUUGUCAUCGACAAAGAACAAGAAAGUGAUGCCAAGAUAGUGCCAAUGGAUAGAGACGACCAAUAUUUUGAUCAAGAUGACCAAGACGAACCAGACAACAUUAUCAAAUACUUUGAUACUCUUUAUCACCUAUCAACCAAACAAUCUCGUUGGUUUAUUUUCAUGUAUACUUUGUAUUUCGAUAGUGAUGAAGCAGAAUCAACUGGUGCUCAAAACAAAUCACCACCAGACAUACCUCACAUUUUCAAAGUACGAGUCAAGGAAGAUCAAAUGGUAGAGUUUGUUGAAAUGUUACAUAAAACAUUUGGAUGGGAUUUUAUAAUGAACUUUGGUAAAUUACAACAUGUUCAAGUGGCACAUUCAUUGGGAUUGGUAGACACUGCUGACCCCGAGAUUACCUUUAGUCCAACUCAUAAAGACCCGUCAGAUUCCAUGGCCAUUGCUCAAUUCCUCCAUGACAAUAACAUCCAUCCAUUUCAAUUGGAUAGAAUGAAAUGUUACGAUCCAGACAACCACGUCAUUUUCCCGUUCCUCUUUAAACACUAUCCCCAUUUAUUCACUGAAAAUAGUAAUCGCGUUAUUCUCAAUUUUAUGACAAAUUUCGAUCAAUAUCAUCUUGCUCAUAUGCUCACCGUCCCCUCCCCUCCUCCUCCUCCACCAGAAGAACAACCAUUUCAACCAGUUCAACCAGUUACAACAACCAUUCAACAACAACUAUUUCUUCGUCGUCAAAGUUAUUAUAUUCGAGAUGGUACAGGUAUCAAUGCCAGUCAUAUUGACAUAUUCCUAAAGUUCCCCUCCAUCACCUACUAUUACAACAAACAAGCCGGUCGAGAGGGUUUUGAAUUAAUGAAAAAAUACUACGAGGAAUGUGAAAUGAAUGAUAGUACCAUUUCACUCUACAAAGAUCAACUACGAAUCUCUAGUGAAGGCAAUCAAAUCGAGAUUGUCAACUAUCUAUUAAACCAACAAAAGAAAUUCAAACCAGACUCUGAAACACUUGUCAACAGUCUUUCGGCAGCUCAUAAUGGUCAAUUCAAACAACUAUACAAAUUAAUUAAAAAGUAUAUUAAACAAGAAAAGGAAAAGGAAAAGGAAAAGGAUGAGGAGAAUACACGAGUAUUAUUACAAUUCAACAUGUCAACUUGGAGAGAAAUUGGAUCAAGAGGUGAUAUUAAAAUGUUUGAUAAAUUUAUGGCCAAACAUAAACCAUUGGAAAAGUUUGAACAUCUUGUUAGUGAAGCCAUCACUUUUAAUCAACUAGCAUUUAUUCAACACGUUGCCAACAAAUACCCACAAUCGAUGGAUCCAAUUCGUGACAAUUGGAUCUCUGCCACUGCUUCAAGUAAUCAGAUAUCAAUGUUGAAAUUCUUUUUAGAUCUAGAGUAUCAAUUGAAUGACCCUGAAUCUAUUAAAGAAUGCAUUCAAACAGCUCUACACGCCAAAACAAAUGGUAGUCAAUUACUUAAAAUGAUUUUAGAUCUAGAUUAUUUUGACUCCUCUCCCCAAAUGCUUGUCAAAGAAGUAUUUCCUCUUUUAACUCAACCUAAAAGUUUACCACUUAUCACCUAUCUCGUUCAUCAUGGGUAUAUCAACAAUGACACUCAACUAGAUUCAAAAACUCCUAUUCCAUUUUUAAAAGAAUUAUUAGAUAAAAAAAGAAAAGAUUUUGAUAAUAUUAAUAAUAAUAAUAAUAUUGAAAUGGAAAAGAAAUCAAAAUUAAUAUAA